AUGACCUCUUCCAACAACAAGGACAUGCGUCCGGCCCUACGCGCGUCGUACAAAACUGUGGAUGGUGUGGAGAUACCGACGGACAUAUACCUCCCAAUUAAGGUGUCGCAGAGAGAUGCGCCGGUGUUGAUCAUGAUCCACGGUGGUGCUUUCAUGCUCGGCCAUGCGGGCAUAAACAAUCGAGACCAGAUCGCCGACUGCGUGGAGCGAGGUUGGAUCGUUCUCUCGAUCGAACAUCGGCUUUGUCCGGGCGUAAAUGUACUGGAGGGGCCAAUGGAGGAUGUGAAGGAUGUUCUAGGGUGGGUGCAGAACGGAGGUUUGGUGGGGGUCUUGAAAGAGAGUGAGCAUGGGAACAAGGUUCGGGUCGAUGAGGGCAGGGUGAUGGUUAUGGGGACUAGUUCGGGGGGACAUCUUGCGCUGUCUACGGUGAGAGAUUUCUUCUUUUUUUGUUUGGCUUACCCAGUUGGCAAUUAUGCGUGGGGAAUGUGUGAGGAAACUGCAAGCUGUUCCCACAAGGAACAUUCAAAGGAAAUAUCGAGCAAGACUGACGAAAAAGAAAAGGCCUGGACAUCAUCCACGCCACCCCUCGCGAUCCUCGACUUCUAUGGCGCAAAGUCCUUUUCCGCCCCCUUCUGGACCCAGCCCAUCUCCUCCAUGCCCGCCGCCUUCCACGCGCCUCUACCGCCAUCCGACGUCGCCGCCUUGCAUGCCGAAAAAACAGUCUUUAUAGGCGGCACCUCUCUCGAAGGCCAGUCCGCCGACCCAACCCAUCCCAACCCGCAACAGCGCCAAGCCUUCGCCAUGCACGCCAUCGCUACGGGAAAGGUGCUGAAUUCCAUAUGGCCCCGCUACCCUGCCGACCUGCACCUAAUUGACCCAGUGCUCAAGGUGAGUUCGUCGUGGCCGCCAACGGCGAUUGUGCAUGGCACGGCGGACCAGACGAUUCCGAUCGCGAUGAGUAAAGACUUGGAAAAGAGAUUAAAGGAGGCAGGGGUCAAGACAAGUUUAUUUGAGGUUCAAGGGGAGCCUCAUACAUUUGCUGGGAAGAUGACAAAAGGAAGCGCGACGUGGGAUAGUCAGAGGAGGGGGUUUGACUGGCUGGAAGAGAGGCUAGAAGAAUCUUACGCAGUAAAAUGA